AUGCCUGACAAGGAGCGGUUGGUCAAGAAGCUGGUCGGCAGGCGAGCGCGUCUCAAAAAGGCUCUCGAAGACGCCGACCAGAGGAAGCAGGGAGGGGCUGCCACGGGCGCCAUCGCCGCCGCCCCGGAUGCGGCCCGGCAGCCGACGACGCCGGCGAACAGGAAGCGGCGCCACUCGCCCAGCCCGGACGGCCGCGGCCACGAUGACACCGAGGGCGGCGCGACGGCGGACGGGAAAGCCAAGAGUCAGCGCAAGAACGACGGCGGCAGGGCAGCCCGCGCCGCCGGCCGCACCAUCUACCACAGCACCACCAUCCCGCCCCCGCCCGAGUUCGAGACCCCAACGUGGGGCCUCAAGCCAGACCCCGCCGGCCUCUUGGUCGAGGUGUGCCUGCGCUUCCGCAGGCCCGGCCCGGGCGACGGGGACGGCGGCGGGGACGGGGCGGCGGCGGCGGCGGCGCUCGAGUGCUUCAGCGUCCGCCUCGUGCCCAACAGCACCGGCGACGACGAGCGGCGGCGGCCGUGGAAGCGGAAUCGGGACUGGUGCAGCACCGGCGAGGAGUGGUCCGAGGCCAACCACGGCUGCGAGGCCCUCGACAACUUCCUCAUAUACUCGGUCAGCAAGAGGCUGCACGCCGCGGCGUGGAAAAAGGGGCGGCUGUCGCACAGGGGCUUUUCCGAGACCAAGGCCGCCGACCUGGUCGUGCGCGUCGUGCGCUCCGACCCGGGCAGGGCGUGCGCCGUGUGCGACAAGAGCUUCGGCGGCGGCGUCAAGCUCUGGCGCCCGACCCCCUGCUCGGCCCCGUGCAAGGUCCGGAUGAGGGAGGAGAUCCCGCUCGCGGUGCGCGUCUCGCCGCUGCUGGUGGACUACCGCGUCCUCGACUUCCUGCUGGGCUGCGUCUACUCCUGCUGCUGUAGCCCUCCCGAGUCGGUGGCAAGACCUUCCACGCUGAGCUGGGCUGGAGUGAACCGGGCCGUCAAAUAUUUCCCCGCCAUGGACGACUCCUCAAUACCCAGGAGCGUCGUCAACUUUAGCACUGCCCGAGCCCGCCAAGAACGCGAGGCAUUGCUUUCCUGGCUCGCAACCGAAUUCCAAGGAUGUCUGGUGUCGGCGUCAUCCGCCGCAACCGUAAAGUACAUCACCGAGGAUGCGGGGAUUGAGCCCGCCACCCAAUUCAUCCUCCUAAACUCGACCCUCGAGCGGGAGGCUGCAUUCCAGAAGAGGCAGACCUCGGGUCUGUCAGUCUUCCACGCCACUCCGGCCUACAAUAUCUUCCCCCUAGUUGUGGAUGGCCUUCGGCGGAGGCCAGGUGGGGCAUCAGGAAUCUCCUUCGCGGGCUCUUUCGAGACAUCAUCCCUUUACUACCAGAAGGGCUACCCAUUCCGGCCGUGGCCCAGGAGCAUCUUCGCAGGCUCCAAGGGCCAACCCGAAUUGGUGUUCGGCGCAGAGGUCAGGGGUGUUAUAGCAGGGUUCGGACUUGACAUUAACAACGCCUGGUCCAACAGACCACACGCAGAGGACAGCACCCUUGACCAAUCGCAGAUCGCGCUUCGCUAUGUGUUUCUCAGUAACCGGCUCCACCCUAGCAAGGCCGGAGAGUUUCUUCCCGGCAGCCAGACACGCGAGGUAAUGGAAGAUACCUUCCAUUCUAUCAAGACUGACGAGAUUGCACAUCUUGAAGACUCGUCGGACCCUCAACCCCAUCGUGAGAGAUGGAUCCACGGAACAAAUUAG